GAUAACAGUGAGCAACCAUAACAAACAACAAGCAAAAGUUAGUCUUUAUUAUUUUUUAUUAUUAUUUGAGCUUUAUAAACAAGGCUUUCGUAUGAGUUCGUAUGUUAAACACUGUCCAUGGCCAAGAUGUGGAUAUGUGACUAGUCGCAGAUAUAACUUGGAGCGUCACAAGAAGGCGCGGCAUUCCGGAGAAAAUGAAAAACAGCGCAUAGAUCGCUGGCGCUCCAAACGUUUUCCGUGCCCUAUUUGUGACCAUGCUUCCACAACACGGCCACAUCUGAAGCGUCACUUUAGCAACAAACAUCCAGAUGAGGAUUUAUCAAAUUAUGUACUAACUUCUAUACCUUAUGAGGACUUUGAUACAUCGUGCGAGCUGCAAGAGGAGGAGGAAGAGAACUCCUCGGUGGAGAUGCUGUUAACAGAGGAGGUGGAGGAAUCAUUUGGUCCAGAUGUAAACUCAAAGGAUAUAACGGUGCUAGAACUCAUAACGCCUCUAGGCGGCGACUCGCCCUCAUAUGUAACAAUGGAAGGCGAAGUGUUCCGCUUAAUACCUGUUGAGGAGGACGACGGCAAAUAGAUGUUCGCUAGCCUGCUCAUGAAUUACUUGUGCCCUCAUGCUAUGAAUAUAUUUCUUUACUGUACAUUGAAACUAAUACUAAGAAAACCAAAUCAAAUGUAAAUAUAAGCAAAUUUCGUUUUAUUAAAACCA